AUGAAUCCGGCGGAGGUAAAAAAGAAAAGAGGCAAAGGCCGUCGGAAGAUAGAAAUAAAGCGCAUUGAAGAAGAACAGAAACGACAAGUCUGCUUCUCAAAACGACGUCAAGGACUGUUUAAAAAGGCCAGUGAGCUUUCCACUCUUUGUGGCGUUGAAGUCGCUGUCGUCAUUUUCUCUCCGGCCGGCAAGCCUUACUUCUUUGGCCAACCUUCAAUCGACCAUGUCCUUAACCACUUUCUAAAUGCUGGUCCAAAUCCAUCGAACCAAGAUGAACCGAUGAACCAUGAUCAAUCAGCCGGAGAUCAGUCUUUUUGGUGGGAUAUUGACCCGCAUUCGAUGGGAGUCGUGGAGUUGAGAGAGUAUCAGGAGAUUUUAGCAGAGCAACAAUCUGUAGUUAUCCAAGCAGCGCAACAGUGCUAUUUGCAGGCUCCGCCGGAAGCGGCGAUGGAGCAGAUUGAAGCCCUGCCCCAUACUUAUCCGGAAGUUGGAGAAGAUGACUAUUUUCUGUGUUGGCAGCAAGAUUAUGACUUUCAGGAUAUUGUUCCAUUUUAA